AUGGCCAACCACUUCAACAACAUGCCCGGCAUGCCGCCAUACUUCGCCAUGAAUCCCCAGCGGCCGAUGAUGCAUAUGGAAAACAGCUAUCCUCCGCCCAGCUUCGCCCACGGCCUGCAGCCUUUCCAGACGCUUUCAUCCGAAAACCUCCGCCAGAACUACGCCGACCUUGACGACCCCAGCCGGACAAUGCUACCAGCCCAGGGCUCCUCCAGAGCCCGCCGGAGGCCCGCGCCUGGCGCCGAGCAUGUGAAACACCGCAGGACUCGGAGCGGUUGCUACACUUGCAGAAACAGACGAGUCAAGUGUGAUGAGACUCACCCAAUUUGUGAAAGAUGCCGCAAAGGAAACCGAGAGUGCGUCUAUCCGGAGCCCGCCGUAGCAAAUAAGUCCAGCCGUAGCAAGACCAAGGGCUCCUCGCCCCAGAGCAAUUCGUCCGCCGAUGACGAUGAUGCCGAAGGAAAGGCGCCGUUGCCUUCGAUUCCCGAUGAGGAUGAGCCCGGUGAUGGAGCCAGCCACCAGACCAGUGUUUCGAACGCAAGCCGUCUCAGUCGAGAGCCGUCCAAUACGCCCUCGCUGACACACGGCAAGAGUCCGUCUCCCUCUACGGAAGGAUCAAGCACAAUUCCCCAUGCCCAGCCACGGCCUGUGCCAUCCCGGACAUCGAGUCGAUCAAACCUGCGCAAGUCCCCCAUGGAACGCACCUGGGCUGAACUCCCGUCCGACGUCCGCUACUAUCUCGACUGGUUCCGAAACAACAUCACAUGCCACCACUACUGCCUGAAGUAUGACGGUGCCGAUUUCAUGCGCACGACUUUGCUCGAGAUUGCCGUGCAUAAUGACCACCUUCUCUACGCCGUUGUCGGAUUCGCCGCGUACCACCACACGUUGGCAAGACCGAAUGGGAGGAUUGCGGACUUUCUGAGCUACUACAACCGGUCCGUCCAGCUGCUCCGCAUGUCGCUGCAACGCAACCAGAGGCGGACGCCUGCCACUCUUCUGACCAUUCUGCAGCUGGCAACAAUCGAGGAAUACCUGGGCGAUUGGGUGAGCCUUAUUGGUCAUCAAAGAGCCGCGUACGAAAUCAUCACGUCCAUGUACACGCCUCAAACAAUUAUGCAAAACGAGACCCUCCGCAGGAUCAUCACCUGGUAUCAACGCUUCGACCUCAUGGGCGGCAUCCUGUCCGGAUAUGAAACAGUACUCGCACGCGAUUGGUUUCUAGCCUGCACCGACUAUUAUACCCAACAGACACGCGACAAGCCUCACGAUGUGGGUUGCAAGUUUGACGAGAGGUUAUCUUUGUGCAGGUUAUUCGCCAAUGACUCAUCGUCUUUGUUCUCCAGGAAGGCGAAGGGCCAGAUUAGCGAUGAGGCUUUCGCUGCCGAGUGCAUGGUUUUGGACAAGAGAAUCGACGAGUGGCUCGAGCAGCUUGAUCCCGCCCUCACUGACGCAACAAAACACAUUACAAGUUUCGACGGUUCCUCCCCACGCGAUGCCGACGAUGUUGUUGAUCCGUACGAUCCUCAGUUCAUGUACGGCGACGAGCUGUUCCCCAUGAACAUCGUUUUCAUCGACUAUUGGGCCAUCGCUCUCAUGUUCAAGAUGCAGCUAUGCAACGUCUUCGAAAGGGAGCCCACUCCGGAGGUGCAGAAGAUGGCUUAUGAUAUCUGCAAGAUGUUUGAGUCGCUCGAGAUGUACCCCAACAGCCCGCCCGGAAUUAUCAUCGAGGCCAGUGCCGCCCUCGGGAUGGGCGUCGUCCAUCUUCCUAGGGACGAAAGGCACAUUACGUGGGGCAGGCGCAAGUUCGCCAAGGUGGAGUCCCAAGGAUACAUCUACCCAUCGAGCAUGCGUGCGGGCUUGGGCCAGGCCUGGAAUGUGGAUGUGUCAUACUGGUGGCUGCCAAACAACGAAGGCAUGCCAGAAAUCGUCUCCCAGAUCCGUGGCUUCAUCGAGGAACGCGCCACCUUUCCAAAGGACCAGAACAGACAGGAUCUCCGUGAGAUGCGCGGAAUCUUUGAAAACCUCAGCGUCAAGGACCGCAAAGGCAGCAGCGCCAGCCAUGAUUCAGCAUCUGUCGCGGCUGCGACUGCCUCUUUCAACCUCGGCGCUACUGGCGAGGAGCUUGCCAGCAUGGACUUCGGUGCCGGCGAUGCCAUGAUCUACGAGAAUAGUCCGGACUACGGGUGGAGCUACAGCCCUCAGGGCACUCAAUUCUCGGACCACUGA